AUGCAGACUGACAAAGCUGGUGCUGCUGCUGCUGCUGCUGCUGCUGCUGCUGCUAUUGAGGCGGGUGAGGCUGCUGCGGCGGACCAGCGGGCCCCCUGCGGCAGCAGCAGCAGCAACGGCAGCGGCAGCAGCAGCAGCCACAGCAGCAGCAGCCACAGCAGCAGCAACGGCAGCAGCAGCGCAAACGGGGGCUCUGAAGAGAAGCCUCAACCCGCAGCAGCAGCAGCAAAGGCAGCAGGAGCAGCAAAAGCAGCAGCAGCGGCCAGGCUAGAGGUGCAGCAGCAGCAAACCAUUACAGCGGGGCAUGCGAGACGCCGCAAAACAACAGCAGCAACACCUAGCAGCAGCAGCAGCAGCAGCAGCAGCAGCAAAACCUCCAAGCGCGUCGCGCAGCUUGAGGCAACAGUGAAACGACUAGAAGCGGAGGUGGCAUCUCUAUUGGAGGAGAUAGCAAACCAAGGAGACUCCAGCCUUCAAUAA